AAAGGAAAAUACCAAAACCAAUCUUUGUCCUCAUUCCUCUGUCUCUUCAUCACCACCUGUUGCUCUUUCUUCCUCCCAACAGCUGUUAUCUUUGUACCUUUGAAAGAAUGUUUCUGGCUCAUAUUUUCCUUUAUCAUCACAAUCUCUAAAACCCAUCAGAAAAGGAAUGGCAUCUCUUCAAGAAUUGCUGUCAGAGGAAGGAUUCGAGAAAGGAAAAUUCCUCAAAAACCAAAGACGAGUAAGAUUCAGAGACAGAAACAAAAGACCAGAAAAUGAGUUCAUUACCUUGCCUAUAUACAUUUGCCAUGACAAGAGAAGCUUUGAUAGCUCCAAGCACAAGGCAUUAGAGAGAAUUUUGCCAAAUGGGCAUUCAGUAAUUUCAUCCAACAGAAGGAGUUCAUCAGAUUCUAAGAGUGUUGGUUCAAGGAAAGAUGAACCAGCAAUUGAUGAAGUUGCCAUUAGAGCAAUUGUUUCCAUUUUGAGUGGCUACAUCGGAAGGUACUUAAAAGAUGAAACUUUUCGCGAAUCUAUUAAGAGAAAGUGCUAUUCUUGUUUGGAAAGAAGGAAUAAUGAAGAUUUGGACGAUGGGAUUUUUGCAAACAUGGAACUAGGUAUUGAGAGUACUGAGAUAUUGGUUGAAAACCCAAGGAGUAAGAGUGCAUUAAUGACGAAGUCAUUGAGGAACUCAAUUAGGCUUUUGAGCAGUGUUUCUGGUUCUACUCGUGGAAAACCAAAUUCCCACUUCUCUGCUUGUGCACAGCUCUACUUAUCAAUAGUGUAUAAGCUUGAGAAAAAUGAUGAGGUUUCCUCAAGUCAUUUGCUUCAAGUUUUCUGUGAUUCCCCGUUUAUUGCUCGAACGCACUUGCUUCUUGAACUCUGGGAGCAUUUUUUUCUUCCCCACCUUCUGCAUAUCAAGAUUUGGUAUAAUAAAGAACAAGAGUUUCUAUCGAACUUUGAGUAUUUUGAUAAAGAGAAGAAGAUGAAGGACUUGAGCAAGGCUUAUAAUGAUCAAAUGGACAUGGGAACUACUCAGUUUGCUUUGUACUAUAUGGAAUGGCUUAAAGUUGGUGCUCAAGCCCCUCCUGUUCCUACUGUGCCUUUGCCUUCUGGAACCAGUUAUGGAUUUUCAAGGAGGAGAUCAUUAGAUUCGUUUACUUCCCGUUCAUCCGUCAAUAAAUCAUUAUAUAGAACUGUUUUUGGCUCCACACGGGUCGAGAGGAGGUCUAUGGAACUGGAUAACAGAAGUCGAGGUUCGAUAAAUCCAUGGGAUCUUGAGGAAGCAGAUAAAAAAGCGUGCACACAUGAAGAUAAUGUCAAGCAACAUUGUCAUCCUAAAGACAGAACUAUGUCACAUAGAAGAUUAUCAAGACAAAACUGUAGAAACACGAAAUCUGAAUUGUGGCCUCAGACACAUAAGUCAGACUCUUUUCGGUGUUUUACCUGCAAAAAUGAACCAACACAAUGCUUGGUGCAUGACAAUCGUAUGGGGAUAAAUGACCUAAUUAUGACAGGAAAAACACAUGUUCCUCCUAGUGAUCUCAAAAGGGCAAUAACGACCAUUUGCUCUUCAGAGAGCCUAGCCGACUGUGAAAUGGCAAUCCGUGUGAUCACCCAAACUUGGCUUGAUUCACAUGGAGAUCCCAGCAUUGAGAAAACGUUGUCAAAUGCACAAGUAAUGGAGGGAAUGCUACAGGUUUUGUUCAUUUCCAAUGAUGAUGAGGUUCUAGAAUUGACUAUCUCAAUGUUAGCAGAAUUUAUAAUGAGGAAUGACGCUAAUAGGCACAUUAUACUAGAUUCAGAUCCGCAGCUUGUUAUCGUCAUGAGAUUACUGAGGAGUAGCAGUCUGUUUCUAAAAGCAGCUAUUCUUCUUUAUCUAGUGAAGCCAAAGGCAAAACAGAUGACAUCAAUCGAGUGGAUUCCACUAGUGCUUCGAGUGUUGGAGUUUGGAGAUCAGUUGCAAACUUUAUUAGCAGUUCAGUGCAGUCCACAAGAGGCUGCCUAUUACUUUUUGAAUCAACUUGUUACUGGUUUUGGCGAAGACAAGAAUUUUGAGAAUGCUAGGCAAGUUGUUUCUAUUGGGGGGUUGAGCGCGUUGGUGAAAAGGAUGGAGAGUGGGCAUGUUAGUGAGAAGACUAAAGCUGCUUCAAUUAUUUUCUGUUGCAUUCAUGCUGAUGGAAGCUGCCGGCACUAUUUAGCCACAAAUCUGAACACGGGUCCUAUUCUUGAAUUACUUGCUUCGGGAAAAGAGAGGAAUUCUCAAUCGCUUGCUUUUGCGCUGCUAACUGAGUUGCUAUGCCUUAAUCGAAGGACACAGGCGAUAAGAUUCUUACAUGGUUUACAAAGUGGAUGGGGAAGCUUGAACACCAUGCAUAUCUUGUUUGUCAAUCUGCAAAAGGCUCGAGUUGAGGAGCGACCAUUGCUUGCAGCCGUAUUGCUACAGCUUGAUCUUCUGGGAGAUCCUCUGAAGUGCAGUGUAUACAGACAAGAAGCAGUAGAGGCAAUAACUGCAGCUUUGGAUUGUCAAGUGUGUAGUGAAUUAGUCCAAGAACAAUCAGCCAGAGCUCUAUUAAUGUUGGGAGGACAUUUUUCUUACACAGGAGAAGCGACAACAGAAAAAUGGCUUUUGAAAGAAGCUGGUUUUGAUGAGAACUCAGAUGAUUCAUUCCAGGGAAAGGAUAUUAUUGUUGCAGAGUUGAUGAAUUCGAAUGAAGAGGACGAAGAAAUGCAAAAUUGGCAUAGGAAAGCAGCUAUAGUCUUGCUUACAAGCGGCAAGAAGAGAUUCCUAUCUGCACUUUCUGAUUCCAUAGCAAAUGGUAUUCCGUGUUUGGCACGAGCAAGCCUAGUCACUCUGUCAUGGAUCUGCAGUAAUCUCCAUUCGGUUAGCGAUGAAAAUCUUCAAUUGGAAGCAUGCUCAACCAUUGUUCCAUGUUUGAUCGAAUCGUUGAAUCAUGACAGAGCUCCUGAGGAAAGGGUGCUUGCUUCGUUCACUUUGCUAGCUCUCAUAAAGAGUUCAGGAUGUUUUUCUGAAAUCUCAUUCGCGGAUAAAGGGCUGAUGGACCAUCUUUGGAAUCUAUCCCAACUGACAUGGACUGCUAAAGAGCUCAUUUCAAUCAUCACAAGCAGUUCGAGGCAUCAGUUUCUCGAGUUUGGAAAUCUACCUAAUGAAACUCAGAUUCAUCAGUAGAACUCAAUUCUUUCUCGAUGCUUGAAAGUCUUCUUGCCCUAGAUAUAUUAAAUAAUAAAUCUUCACCCAAUCUGUCAACUGCGGCUUUUUCCACCUUCCUCCUCUAAUCUUGUGUGUGCCUGUGUGUGUGUGUGUGCCUGUGUGUGCGAGGGGUGUUUAAGUACAUAUAGUGCAGAGUUUCUCUAGGCCGCAUUUUCCUUUAAAGCAUGGAUUUGUUCUCUGUAAGUAAAGAGAUUAUUGUCCUUAUGAAAUUGAUCACUAUUGCUUCCA